UUAAAAAAAAAGAAAUUGAUAUUUGGCAACGUCUGUGAGGGAGACCGAAACUCGAUGGAAACAUAAAAAACUCAACUCUACUGAGUCGUGAAGCGUCGCCGUCUGCUUUCUUCUUCUUUUGUUUUGUUUCCUUUUUUUUUCAAUUGAAUUUCAAAGACAUUUAUUCAAGUUAUAAUUUUGGUGUUUUGAAGGUUUGGUGAAAAUGGACAAAAGUUUGAUGGACAAGGUUAGUGCCUUUGGUGAACGCCUCAAGGUUGAAGGAGCUGAGAUGGGCAAAAAGGUGAGUGCUGGCAUGAGCUCAAUGAGCUUUAAGGUGAAGGAACUCUUCCAAGGCCCGAACCCAGAUGAUAAGCUUGUUGAGGAUGCUACAUCAGAGGCCCUUGACGAGCCUGAUUGGGCCUUGAAUCUUGAUAUCUGCGACAUGAUCAAUCAUGAAAAAGUGAGCAGUGUUGAAUUGAUCCGUGGCAUAAAGCGGAGGAUAAUGUUGAAGAGCCCUAGGGUUCAAUACUUGUCCUUGGUGUUGCUUGAAACUUGUGUCAAGAAUUGCGAGAAGGUAUUCUCGGAAGUGGCAGCUGAGAGGGUUCUUGAUGAGAUGGUUAAGCUAAUUGAUGAUCCACAGACUGUUGUCAAUAAUCGAAACAAAGCUUUGAUGCUUAUUGAAGCGUGGGGGGAGUCAACCAGUGAGCUCCGCUAUUUACCUGUUUACGAAGAAACUUACAAGAGUUUAAAAUCAAGGGGUAUUCGCUUUCCUGGUCGUGACAAUGAGAGUUUGGCACCUAUUUUUACCCCUACUCGUUCAGUUUCAGUGGAGGAAGUGGAUGCUAGUCUUGCACAGCAACUUCUGCAUGACAUGCAGCUUCAGCGUGAUAGUCCUGUCCAAAGCUUUACUGCUGAACAAACAAAGGAAGCAUUUGAUGUGGCAAGAAACAGCAUUGAGCUUCUUUCAACUGUGUUAUCCUCAUCACCCCAACAAGAUGCUCUUCAGGAUGACUUGACAGCCACGCUUGUCCAGCAAUGUCGUCGGUCCCAGUCAUCUGUUCUAAGAAUCAUUGAGACUGCUGGAGAUAAUGAGGCCCUGCUUUUUGAAGCUUUGAAUGUGAACGAUGAGAUCCAGAAAGCUCUCUCGAAGUAUGAAGAGUUGAAGAAGCCAUCGGUGGUUCCUCAUGAGCCAGAACCUGCUAUGAUUCCUGUGGCUGUUGAACCUGAAGUUUCACCUCGUCAUGCAAAAGAAGAUGCCUUGAUUAGAAAACCAGCAGGUACUCGACAUGGGACUCGUGGUGGAAGCAAUGAUGACAUGAUGGAUGAUCUUGACGAAAUGAUUUUUGGUAAGAAAAGUGGGGUUUCAUCUGAAGGGGGGCAAGAUUCAAAGAAGAAGCAAGAACCAAAAGAUGAUCUUAUCACAUUCUGAAUGCUCUUGGACGCUAUUACAUAAUUUGGGACAGAAGGCCUAUGCAGGGCCAUUGUAGGCAUUGAGCAGAAGUUUGGACAGUAAAAACACACGACAGGAUUGUGGACUUGUUUUAUCUUUGACAUACUACCAUUGGUUGUACCUGCAAAUUAUGUGUAAAUUAUUCAUGUUUGGAUUUGUUUACUUGAUUAUUUGGAUGAGUAUACAUGGGAGGAUUGUUAUUAGCACAAUAAAUAGAUCUGUAUGGCUCUCAUAUUCAUCGUUUGAUGAUAUGGUACUGCUUGACUAUUCAGUUAAGAGCUCAACUUAAUUUAGUUCAAUUUUACGCCAAAAUUAAUAAUGUGACGCUAAUAAUUAUCCGAAAUUUCUAAAGAACUUAAUCU